AUGAGAUUACAUUAUAGAAGAAAGUUCAAUUUUUUACGGAGAGUACUUUUUAUUUUAAGCAUUAUUUCACUGUAUUUAUCGAGAGAUUCAUUAAAAUUACAUGCAAAAAAUGCAUUAAUAAAUCCCAAUACUGCUGAAUAUCACGAAGGAAUGAUAGAUGAUAUUCAAGUCCUACGGUGUUAUCAUUGGUAUAGGCAAUGUGGUUCUUUAUACGCUCCCAGGUUGCACCCCUCAAAUACAGCGUCAAAAGUCAAAGACAAAAACAACGUUCUGUGGAGUAGGGUUUCAAAAAACAUUACCAUCGAAGCAUUGUAUUCACUUCAAUCCGGGGCAUUUUACAACAGUUAUUUGUAUGUCCAUCCUAAAGGUUUUCAAAGCAAUUCAAGAAACUCAAUAAAAGAACUAGCCAUAGCAAGAGAUUCAGCAUUGAUACCCUUACAGGUGUUGAGAGACAUUAAUAAAAUGGUUAAAUCGAGUGAUAGUUCUGUUUUCCACAACCACGUAUAUCAGCGGGAAAAGCCAACCUCAUCAUGGUGGAAGCUACUAUUUGGCAUAUCAGUUGAUUCAGAUGACAUAGCUGUCUUUGGUGAAGAGUGGGUAUACAAGGGUAGCGGCAUAUGGUGUAAGUAUGUUCUCAACGAUGAUGAUAGUGAUCCACCUAUAAUUAGUUUGGAAAUAUACCUUGGAUCAUCGUUCAUUGAAUCAAGACCUUCAUGGAAAGAAGUUAUGCAUGAAUUUCAUAGGAAUAAUAUACCUUCCUUGCCUAUAUCAAUUACAAGGAAGCUUAAAACUAAAAAUAAUCUUCAUAAAGCUUCCAAAAGACUUACAGGACCUUUAAAAGCACCUGAAAAAGACAAUAAUAUUCUGGAGCUACUUCAAGUAGAUGGCAACUACAAGAUUACGUCCCCCCAUAUUCAGUUCUCCAGGGGACAAAGAUCGUUUAAAAUUCUCCAGAUGACUGAUUUCCAUUUUAAAUGUACAGAUAACAGUAUGUCAAUAAUUAAUGAGAUAAGAACAGUAAAUUUUAUCGAUCGUGUCCUUGCAUUAGAAAACCCAGAUUUAGUUGUGAUCACGGGUGAUUUGUUAGACUCACAGAAUACCAUUGAUUACCAGACUUGCAUCAUGAAGCUUGUUCAACCAAUGAUAUCUAAUAAAAUACCUUACGCAAUUUCAUUAGGUGUUUCUGAUGAAUCAAACCUUGCCACACCGUCACAAGUUCAAGAUUAUAUCAGGAAUUUACCCUACACAUUUAACAGUGUUGCAUCAGAAGAGGGCCACAUUGCCAUAAGAGUUUCCUUCAAAAAAAAGCUAUUGAAGAAUACUCUUUUGAAAAGAGGUAUUAACGCCAAAGAUGAAACGACUCCUUCAGAAGCCUUGUUCUUCGUUUUCGAUUCUUUCAAUCCUGUCAAUGACUUCCUGCUAGAUUAUAGUAAUCUAAUAGGGAAAAUUGAUUACGGAUUAGCGUUUCAAUAUUUUCCCUUAUCUGAAUAUAGGCCUCAUGGUUUAUUUCCUAUUAUUGGACAGUACAAUGAAAGAUCUACUUUAACCGUAGAUACGUCAAGGUCCAAAGGAGAAGUUUCAAUGACGAUCGAUGGCAAGAACUACAAAAGUUUCCUCGAUAUCCUAAAUCUUUGGAAUAUAAAAGGCGUCAGCUGUGGACAUGAACACAAUAAUGACUGUUGCUUGCAAUCAAUAAAUGAGAUGUGGUUAUGCUAUGGUGGAUCCGCUGGUAUUGACGUAGCAAGAAUCGAAGGCAUCCAUCCUAAUGUCAGAUUAUUUAAUUUGGAUGAUAUUAAGGACGAAAUAACUUCGUGGAAGAGGAGUAGCAAUCUUGUUGAUGAGGUUUAUGACUAUCAGUACAUUUAUAAGGGAAAACAUUAA